GAUGGCGCCCCCUUCGGAGGCCUUCUUCCGCUCGGACUCGGCGGACUCUGCGGCGCCGAUGAUGAUGCUUCCAAGCGCAGGUCCCGAGCCCAAGCGGCGUGGUAGCGGCGGAGGAGGGGGGUGCUGGCUGGCGGUGGCUGCGCUAGCUCUGCUGGCCCUCCAGGUGGCCGCCGCCUCGGGCCUCUUCGUCUACUUCACCGUCGCCCUCGGAAAGCUCAAGGCUGAGGCCCAGGGCACUUCGGAGGAGCUGCGGUGCCUCGUGCUGCUCAACCGACUGCAGGAUCUCUCCAACUGGGAGGAGCUGGUGGGCAACCAGUCCUGCCUCAAGAUGGCCAGCAGCAUCAGGAAUUACGUCACUGGGGUGACGGAGGACGUUAUCCAGAAGAGUGCUCAGGCAGGCACCAUGGAGAAGUUCUCUUCUGAGCAGCCACUGACCAGCCAACCAUCAGGAAGGAGGCCUUCAGCACACCUCACGCUCCGGCGGCUGAGCCCCGUCCAGCCAGAGGCUCUGGCGAAGUUUGGGGAGCUGCCCCAGUCGUGUCGGCACCCCAUUGGCCACUGGGCCGACCAGACCAUGCACGCCCACCUCCAGAACAUCAGCUACCGGGGUGGCCAGCUGUUCAUCCGCCAGCCGGGCAAGUACUACGUCUAUGCGCAGGUCUACUUCCGCUAUCCGACGGAGGGCUCUGGAGCCCAGGCCUUGGGCCGCCAGCUGGUGCAGUGCGUCCACAUGCAAGACGGCUCUGGGCAGAAUGCGCUGCUCCUGAAAGGGGUGGGCACCAAGUGCUGGGCCAAGGACGCCACUUACGGCCUCCACGCUCUCUACCAGGGUGGCCUCUUCGACCUCCGGGCCGGGGACAGGCUCUUCGUCUCCGUCUCCACGCUGGACAUCAACGAUAGCGAUGAAGCAGGCAGCUAUUUUGGGGCCUUCCAGUUGGACGGAUGACACCGGCGGGGUGUUUUCCUCCUUGGGGAACCCUUUGGACGCUGACACCACGUUUGCCUUUUGAUGUUGUCAUUGGGCUGGAUGGACCUGCUUGGAAGCUGCAGGAGACACUCAAGCUUUGGUUAGCAGUCGCGACGGGGGUUCCUUGCCGAAUUGGGACUCUUGAGGACUAUAAAUCCAGGCUCUUUGAGCGGGGAAUAAGGAAGCACCUCACUGUUUUGUCAGUGUGGUGGGACUUGUAGUGGAUUCCCUUCCAUGCUAGUUUCUGCCCAUCAUUUUCCAGUGAGAAGGAAGCUAUCCCUCACCAAAACCGAUUAAUACAAAUGGACGCAAAAGCCGGUAACGUGAGGUCAAGUGGUGCAAUGGAAAACCACAACUCAGCCGUCAAACUUUUGGACACAGAUCAGGACACUUGCCCUCCCUAUUGCAUGUUUACUAUCUGCCGGAGACAUACACCUUUUCUGCUAAGCCAGGAAUUCUGAUGAUUUCGACAAGCUUUUACCACUAAUCUUCAGGAAACUAAAAACUACUUCCUGCAAAACAGACUCCCUUCGGUAUGGCUGUGUUGUGUUCAGGUGCAUUGCUGAAACAGGAAAGGUUGCCUUGGUCAGAAAUGUAGGUCAGUGUGGCACCUGUUUGCACAGCCUGAAGGCACCAGAGACGAGGAAAGGGGGAGCUGAGACUUUUUUUCUGCCCUCCCCACUUCGGCUGUAUGCAGCUCUGACCGGCCUUUCAGGUUUGCGCAUCGUCUCAGGUGAAACCGCCUCGGCUGCCAAAGCUCCGGGACAUGGAAGUGCAAGGGACGGCUCUCUUCUUCUACUUUGGGGUUUUGGAGGGUCCAAAAGUGGUCCAAAGGGGAGGAAGGAAAUAUGUAAAUAUUGGCAGUCAGGGAAAACGAGGCAGCCACAGCAGCUGGGGGCUUCUUGCAAAGGGUUAAUGGUGAAAUAUGUCUUCAAACUGGAGUGAUUUUCUCAGAAGUGGCUAUUCCGUUGCUGCAAAACUGUUUUGACCACUUAAAAACUGCAGAAAGCGCUGUCAAAAGCUUUCAUGGCUGGAAUCACUGGGUUGUUGUAAGUUUUCCAGGCUCUAUGGCCUGGAAAAAAUAAUGUAAAUAUCGAUAUCCAUGUUCCAGAAGCAUUCUCUCCUGACAUUUCACCCACAUCAAUGGCAGGCAUACUCAAAGGUUGUGAGGUUUGUUGGAACCUAGGUAAAUGGGAUUUCUAUAUCUGUGGAGCUUUCAUGGCUGGAAUCAAUUGGUUGUUGUGAGUUUUCCAGGCUCUAUGGCUAUGUUCCAGAAGCAUUCUCUCCUGACGUUUCAACCACAUCAAUGGCAGGCGUACUCAAAGGUUGUGAGGUUUGUUGGAAACUAGGAAAAUGGGGUUUCUAUAUCUG